AUGCACACAGUGGGCUUCACAGAGACUGUGCAAGCACUAAAGAAAGAGAGUGGUUCCAGCAUAGUGGACCCCAUCAUUGGCAUCUGCGUCAUUGGAGUGAUCACUGUCACAUGUCUGCUGGCCAUGUCAUUGGCUGGGAUGGAAUGGGAGUCCAAGGGAGGGCCUUCUCCCUCAGCUGUGGACACUGCCAGUAGCUACAGUCAUGUGACCUGACUGAACAAGUGGCGGAUCAAGUCCUUGUAUCAAGGUGUGGUGACAGAUGACCUGCACACUGGGUUUCAGAUGCUGCUCCAGGUGGGCCAACUUCCAAAUGUCCUCCUGAUGGGGUUAAAAAGGAACUUGCAUGAGGACAGACCAUCCUGCAUUGACAGCUACAUUGGCAUUCUACAUGACUCAUUUGACCUGCAGUAUGAAGUGUGAGGGCUGCGGAUGAGGGAGUUAACCCUUGGUUUGAGGCAAGCCCAGAAAGGGGUGUCAACACCUGUGUGCACCCCUGCAAAUGUUUUAAUAGACCCUGAUGCCAUGGUGACUGAGCCUCAGCCUCAUACUGUGUUUCAGUCCGAGCAGGGGGAAAAUACCAUUGAUGUGUACUGGCUGUUCGAUGAUGGAGGUGAGUUUCUUACAUUGCUAAUUCCCUACCUGCUCACACGUAAGAAGUGCUGGGUAAGGUGCGAGGUUCUCGUCUUUGUGGGCGGAGACAUCCUAGUGAAGGGAGGAGCAAAGGGAAGAGUGAUCAUGGCCCUCGUCGGCAAGUUCCGCCUUGGUUUCCAUGACGUCAAAGUGCUGCCUGAUAUCAAUGGAAGACCACAACAUGAACAUGUGAGGAGGUUUGAGGAUCUGAUAGGGACCUACAAGCUGAACACCGACUAGAAGCAUGCAGCUGAGCAGAUGAAGCAGGUCUGUCCCUGGGUGGUGUCUGGUGAGGAGAUGGAGAGAAAUAAGAUCAUUAACUGGGAUUCGAGGGCCCAAAGGGCAAUUCGUCUGAAUGAGGUUCUCCAAGAUUACUCAAGGGAUGCAGCCAUGAUUGUUAUAACCAUGCCCGUGGGAAGGAGAGGGCAAUAUCCCAGUGCUCUGUGCAUGGCUUGGCUGGAGACUCGUGACUCGUGCCCCUUAAUGGUGAGGGGAAACCAAGAGCAUAUCUUCACCGUCUAAUGUCAGUGA